UGUUUCUUUGUUUUAACACAGUUUUGCAAUCUCGUGUAUGUGUAUUAUAUUUAAUUUAUAUAUGGUACGCAAAACCGAGCAAUAAUCUUUUUAUUUAUCCCGAUAACCACACGAUUUACGAUUUAUAUAAAAGCGGACAAGGCUAAUAAUGCCGUUGCAAGUUCACGACGUUCAGCAAAAUGUCGUGGAGCCAAUGCAGGUUGAUGCUCCUACAGAGGAUAAUGAUAACGCUGAGGAAGAACCGUAUAUAGUAGAAAACCCGACACUGGAUUUGGAAGUAUAUGCCAAUAGCUACACUGGACUUGCAAAAUUAUACAGACUUAUAUAUAUCGCUGAUCAUUGCCCAUCAUUACGAAUAGAAGCAUUGAAAAUGGCAAUUACUUAUGUGAUGACCACAUAUAAUGUCUCAUUAUAUGUGAUACUGCAUAAAAAGCUUCUACAAGCCGUCGGUACUCCUGGUUUGCCAGAUGUAGCAGCACAGUCAACUUCUCAGGAUCUGUUGACAAUGGAUCAAACUUGGGUGGAAACUCGAUCUAAGAAGGCUGCUCUGAAAUUAGAAAAGUUUGAUACUGAUCUGAAAAAUUACAAGAGUAACUCAAUCAAGGAGAGCAUAAGAAGAGGUCACGAUGAUUUGGGAGACCAUUAUUUAAAUUGCGGUGAUCUUGUUCAUGCCUUAAAGUGUUACUCUAGAGCGCGAGAUUAUUGUACCAGUGGCAAACACGUUGUGAAUAUGUGUCUCAAUGUAAUCAAAGUUUCAGUUUAUCUACAAAACUGGUCUCAUGUACUUAGUUAUGUCACCAAGGCUGAAAGUACACCAGACUUUCCAGAUGUUCAUGGUAAAGACAACAAUCAGGCGAUAAUUACAAAAUUAAAAGUGGCAGCAGGUUUAGCAGAGCUGGCGACAAGAAAAUAUAAAAUGGCCGCGAGACACUUCCUACAAGCAUCUUUAGAUCAUUGCGACUGUCCCGAGUUAUUGUCUCCUGGAAAUGUAGCUCUCUAUGGUGGACUUUGUGCUUUAGCUACAUUUGACAGACAUGAAUUGCAAAAACAAGUUAUAUUCAGUAGUUCCUUCAAAUUAUUCUUAGAAUUAGAACCACAACUGAGGGAUAUAAUUUUCAAAUUUUACGAGUCGAAAUACGCGUCCUGUUUGAAGUUACUCGAUGAGAUCAAGGAUAAUAUCCUCUUGGAUAUGUACAUAGCACCUCAUGUGAAUCUGUUGUAUACACAAAUCCGAAAUAGGGCCUUAAUACAAUACUUUAGUCCUUAUUUAAGUGCGGACAUGAGACGAAUGGCAACGGCAUUCAAUAGAACUGUGUCCGAAUUGGAAGACGAGCUCAUGCAGCUUAUUCUCGAUGGACAAAUUCAAGCUCGCAUAGAUUCUCAUAAUAAGAUUUUAUACGCGAAAGAUGUCGACCAGCGUAGCACUACUUUUGAGAAGUCGAUGAGCGUUGGAAAAGAAUAUCAGAGGCGUACUCGUAUGUUGAUCUUAAGAGCAGCAAUGUUGAAACAACAAAUUCAUGUGAAGAGCCCUCAACGCGACAGCACACAAGGAGGUGAAAUGUCAGUAGCACCUGGAAACGGCACUUUAGCACCAAAAAAUUGAAAUUGCGUGUAUGCUGAUAUCUCGUCGGGAACAGAUUCAUAUACACGUGUCAACUGCCACGAUUACCUAGGUAUGCGUUAAAAAAGAAAAGAAAUUCGUUAAAAAAAGGAAAUAAAUUCAAUAACCGGUGUUUAUUUCUCAGAAGUCAGUGUCCUGUACCUCAUUUUCAGUAUAUAAGAUAUAUUAUGUAUAUACAUUAUUGCUAUGUUGCGUUACUUUAAAACAGAGAAGCGGCGUAAGUGUCAGAACAAAUAAUUAUACAUAAUAAGAGCAUUGCAAAGAAAAAUAGAAUGUGUAACAUAUAAAUUUCUAAAUUGAUUAAUGUUGUGUUUUUUUUCCUUUUUGAAAUAAUUAAAAUUCGUAAAUUUUAAAUUUUUCUUAUAUAUACUUUGUACGGGUGCAUCGCAGAUAACAUAGAUAAUACACAAGCAAGAUGUGAACAAACCUAAGACUUUAACAUAUUCUGCUGCGACUAAUUGAGAUAUAUAUAUAUAUAUAUAUAUAUACAUAUAUAUAUAGUAAUGACAAAUAAAAAUUAAUUAUAUUAUAAUCUAAAUCAAUUAUGUUUAUGUAAUUCAUUAUAUUGUCUGUUUUUUA